GCUGCGAUAUAUAUAUGAAGUCGGUCUACCAAGUCCCAACCACACGAAUCCCGUAUAUUAGGUUGUUGCAUACCCAAUGACGAAGCCUUUACAAUUUCUCGAACUCGAUGCUUCAUUUCUUCAUCGACUUUAAGAUCAUCUUUGAUCAUGGCUUCAGAUUUUGCUAAGAAUAUUGUCGCUGAACUCGAAUCUGCGUCGCAGUUGAGGGCUGCGGGGUUCUUCAUAACACGAAGACCAUGGCUUGAUCUAUAUGGGGUUAAUGUAAGACCAGUUGCUCCUUUUGGUAGCACAUGUAAUAAACCAGUGGUUGAUUUGUCACUCAUCCAUAGAAGCUUGCCAGAUGAAUUACUGUUUGAGAUUUUUGCAAGAAUGACUCCAUAUAAUUUGGGAAAAGCAGCCUGUGUUUGUAGAAAAUGGAGAAAUACCGUUCGUAACCCUGUGUUUUGGCGCAAUGCAUGCUUAAAAGCCUGGCAGAUCUCUGGUGUUGUGGAAAACUAUAAGCUUAUGCAAUGCAAUUAUGAUUCUUCAUGGAGGAAGAUGUGGCUUUCAAGGCCAAGAGUUCGCAUGGAUGGUAUAUAUGUGAGUAGAAACACGUAUAUUCGUGCUGGAGUUGCAGAGUGGAAAGUCACAAAUCCAGUUCAUGUGGUAUGCUAUUAUCGAUACCUCAGAUUUUAUCCUUCCGGAAGGUUUUUGUACAAGAAUUCUUCUGAGAAGAUUAAGGAUGUUGUGAAGUUCAUGAAAUUGCGUUCUACUAAAGCUGAGAUUUGUCAUAGUGGGCGCUACACAAUGUCCGAAGAUAAGGUGGAAGGGGCUCUUUUGUAUCCUGGAAUGCGUCCCACGAUUUGGAGGAUCCGAUUGAGGUUAAGAGGUACGAUAGCAGGGGCAAACAAUCGGAUGGAUCUUCUAUCAAUUGUGACAAGUGGGGUCCACGAGAAUGAGGUUCCAACGGGACCCGAUGGUGACAUUCUUGCAGUGGUUGAAGGCUGGGAAGAUGAUGAAACACACAAUGCAGAUGUUCCUGCUAUUUCUCAUACAAGAGGCCUAACACCUUUUGUCUUUGUUCCAUUUGAAGAGGCGGAAACAUCGGUUUUAAAUCUGCCUGUGGAACGCAUGGAUUAUUAUGUACCUGGUUGAAUGGUAUUGGAAUUGGGAAAUGAAGACAAAAACGACUGAUAUUUGUAAAUAAAAUUGUUUAUCUGUUGUUAUAUUUGUUGAAAGUUGUAUGUUAUAAAUGUUGUAUAAUAAUAAUGUUAGUUGUCAGUUGAAGGGUCUUGUUAAUAUUUUUUAUAAUAACACGAUGCUGCUAGACAAAAAAAACAUGUGUAUUUUAAGUUGUGCCCCUCUUAUUGUGGUUGUGACUUUGUGCGAGAUGAUUUGUUUUUAA